GGAGGCGGAGGAGCCCCUCGGAAGUCUAUAAGAGAGACGCGCUUCUCCACUCCCAGCCUGGACUACAUCGCUACUGGCCGGCCAGGCGCCUCUCUGCCCCGGGUGCUCACCCCAGAAGACUAAGUAAGUGCUUUCCUGGGUAACUUUCUGCUCUCUCUUUCUCAGUAGCGGACAAGUGUGCUGUUUUGUUAUAUUUCCUCUGGUUCUGUAUUUGCGUGCAGUCUCAUUUAUUGUUAGAACCCAAUCAUUGGGAAAUCAAGCCCGAAACGGUUUCCCCCACAAGUGCUGCUUUAGAGAUGCAUCUUGGUGGUCUGUCUGCCUUUUGAACAUGUUCUCUUGGAAGUUGCCUCAGUAGCUUCCCUGGGAAUAAAAGUUACCCUGCAAAUCGAGAGAAGCGGGCUCGCUCAGCUUUGGCGAACUCCACAGGCUCAACAACAAGCAGGUAAUUUUAAAUUAGAUUGGCUAGCUCUCCCUAAUCAUCUUGCCAUUAUACUCAGGAGGGAUUGAAAGUGAUAUUUGUUUCCUUGCAGGAUUGUGAGCGAAGUCUCCCCGCUAUUGAUUCGUGUCGGGAGUUAUUCUAGGCUCAACUGAAGAAAGGUGCGAAUUUGUGGGCUUUCGGAAUAGGGAAUAUCUCGAUCUCUUAGAAGCUCCUGGCUUUUCGGAUGCGAAAUCAGUCAGCGACUGCUUGUUUCCAGCUGCUGUUUUUUCAGUGCCGGAAAGUCAAAAUGUGUAGCUGUAAGAAAGCAAUUUGAGUUACAGAUGUGGUGUAUAAGAACGAAUACUUUUCGAUGUUCCAACAUCGUUUGAAUAAAAACAGUAUAUAUAUAUAUAUAUAUAUAUGGAAUGUAUUACAGAACUUUUCAUCCCGAUCUUAAAAAUAGAAAUUAUUUGUGUGUAUUGAGGAUCAAGCUAUACAUCAGCCGCAAAUUGACCUCAAGCCUCAAGAAAGUGAGUGUGAGGAAAGGCAUAUUUGCAUCUGGCUGCCCAUUAAAGUAGUGAAAAUCACACUGAUGCUUGGGGAAAUUGUUGUACCUAGAACGUUGAAUGGGAAAUUCUGCACUACUUUUUCUUCCCUUGUAGUCCUAUAAACAUCUGCUCAUAAGUAGCAGGAAUUUAGUUCAACGGGGCAUGCUCCUAAGUAAACAAUGCUGCAUACUAGCUUUAUCCUUUUAGGUUUAAUUUUUGUAAUAAAAACCGUUGGGCGGCAAUGCUAAAUUUAGUGCUUUCUUGGCUGUAAGCCUCAUUCAAAUCAAGAAGACUUCCAAAUAAGAAAAAAAGAAAAUUUUGGAUUGGAUUUAUUUGCUAAUAAGUCAUACUGAUUUUCCCCUACUCUGUGUUCAAAUAAAUGUUAAGAAUGGGAAGGUGGCAGUAAUACUGUUCAUUACUCCCUAAACAUCUCUGUUCAUUUCUCCCAGUUAACUGAUGUUACAGCCAAAGUGGUGUCUGAAGAGAUCCUAAAAGCCCAAUAAGGCACUACCUAGAAUCCUUCUGUAUCAUCAAACAUUUUUCAAAUCCCUCAAGUGUAAAAGAGUUGUAAGUUGUUCACUUACAAUGUAUUUGUUGGAUGCUAACUAAUAUAAUUUGCUUGUUGGAAUGCUGGACCAGGAAAGGAAAUGUACACAUUCUAUAGCAGUUCAAUGGGCACUGAAUAUUUACUGAGCAUUUAGGCAAAUUAAUUAUAAAAAACAACUAUUGACAAAACAAAUCAAAAGCAAAGGAGCUAAAACCUGAAAGGGACAAUAUUGGGGGCAUACUAAAACAAAUGACAGGCAAUUAAAAUGCAUUGAUUCCUUCCAAAUUGGUUAUAGGAAUACACUUAAUUUUGGAAUUCCACCACUGGAAGUUUGGGGACCAUCUUGACUGGUUUUCACUCUUGACUACUUGCAAGUCUAUCUUUAAGAUCUUGUUAAAAAGAUACUGAUGCAGAUUUGCACUAAGGAAAAUAAAUGCAUAUAGGUUAUAAACUGCAGGUGACACAUGAUGCACUAAAUAUCCCAUGUAGAUUUUGAUCAGUUAUUUCCCUACAUGUGUAUAAAUAAUGUUUACGGGAGUUUCUGUGCCUCUUUUAGAAGCGAUUUUUCUCUGCUACUGUAAGAGGAAAACUGUCACCACAGAAACUGCAAAUUAGUCUGUGCUUGUAAAUUUUUCUGUGUGAACAGGAACACAGGAAACUGCCUGAAACCAAGUCAGACCAUUGGUCUACCUAACUCAGCAUUUUCUACCCUGACAGGCAAUAGCAUUCCAUGGUUUCAGACCACAGACAUUCCCAGCCCUACCUGGAGAUGUCAGGGAGUAAACCUGGGAUCCUCUGCAUGGAAAGCAUUUUGGCAGACACAACAUUAAAAUUACACACUACUACAUUUUAGACAUUCCCUGCAGUGUAUGUUUCCUAUUUCCUUUUGCAUUCUGUCCCUUAGAUUGUAAGCCUGAUGGCAGGGGCUGUGUUGGUUUUUGAUACCUUGUUCAUCUCCUUGAAAACAUUAGGCACUAAAUGUUAAAUAAUAAUAAUAAUAAUCAGUAGUUUUGUUGUUUUUGACUACAGUCUGCUGCAAUGACAGCAUUCAGUUUAAAAAAAAAACUUAACAAUUGCAACAGUACAUAAAUAAGAAUCAGACGCAUUCAUAACCCUAAGUUUUUGCAAAAUACUUGAAUGGAAUAGGGAAGGAUUCUGAAACUAGGGGAAACCUUUGAGAUGGAAAUACAGUUCUUCCAGUGGUCCCGAUCCUGUUCUCACCAUAGGCAUAGAAUGUGUGUUAGGCUCGUUUCCCCCUCCAUUCAUUUUUCCACUUGAAGUCCCUUCACUAUGUCCCCUUGAUGAGUUGCUGUUAAACCCCUGCAGAAACACCCUUCCACCGCAAUCACACACUAUAUACAAUGAAGUGCAAGGCUGAGCAUCAAAGUAAAUUUUUGCCUGGGAAACCAGAACAGCUUGAUUCAGCCCUGUUAAGGACUGGGUUUCCUUCUGCAAACUGGUCCCUGGGUUUGCUACUAUUCCAACUAGAUAGAUAGUUCUAAUUUAUAAGACUCCUAGAAAUAUACUAGAUUUAAUAAAUACAUAAUAUAUACAUGUACAAGGAGCACAAUCUCCUCAAACUCAUUGCCAAUGAAAUCUGUGGGACUGAAGUAUACAGCUGAUCUGUAGUCCCUCUGAUUUCUGUAUUAAUUUAUGCUUGCUGAUUGUCUGUACUUGCAGACAACUGUAUAUAUAAUCAAAAGAGCUAAUCGGAAGCACAAAACUGUUCAUCCUCCCCUUUGUAUCUUGGCCUCUUGCAUACAUACUUCAAAAAGCAACUCCUGCGCGUCAGAAGACCUUCCAGACCUUCUUGCAAUGCAAAGCUUUGUGGAAGGAAAUGAAAAUGGGCAAAAGCUUCAGCAUUUGCACAAAAGCAUUUUAGGUAUGUGCCUAGAAGUCUUUGGAUGUGGGCCAGUGUAUAUGCAAACACAUAUAUAUAGAUAUUCCAGGUAUUUCUAUGACUGUACACACUGGCCAUGACUGAAAGAACCACACACCUAAUUUUGAGUACCCUAGUGGUACGGUAUGCACCCAAAUGGCAAGGUGCUGUUUACAGAAGGGGGAAAAUCCAGUGGAUCUCAUUCACAGAUGCAAACCAUUGUUACGAUCAUCUGCUCUUUUAUCCUGACAAAAACACAUUAAAAGGUCCCCGGAAGCUGUCUGCGGACAAACGCCAGCUCCCUCGGCCUAUAGAGCAAGAUGAGCGUGCAACCCCAGAGUUGUCCACAACUGGACCUAAUGGUCAGGGGUACCUUUACCUUUUUAAUUUGUAAAUUAGUGUACAUGUAAAUUGGAAAUGACAAGAAACCAUCUCUUUUCAGUUUGUUUACUGCAACAUAUAUUCAGUAAAAGCACUUUAUUUUAAGGGUCCUGAAUUGCAAUCCUUCUCAAUCAGAAUUUUCAAGCAGUAUUUCAUGUUACAUAACAUCAUCUGAACACUCAUUUAUGCAAUCAAAAAAGUAACUUUAUUGUUACCAAUGAUUUCCAAAGUGGUGAUAUUUCAGUUACAUUGAAUAAAAACAAUUUCUCUUCAAAGUUAUAGAGGUCAUUCCAAUCAAAACCUUGCCGAAUAGAAUUUAUUGCCAUUCAUUAUUUAAUUACCAGAAUCUUUUGUGAAACAAUACAAAACAAAAUACUUAGGGAACAAUCCACCCCCAGCGUCCACCAGCCCAGAGGAAAUAGGGUGUUGCUCUUUCUGUCAAAUGUUUAUAUUUUAAAAGGAAAGAGAAGAUUGAACUAAAGUUUAAUUUCUACUGGAAUGUUAAAAAAGAAAGAAUGAAUAUUUAACCUCUCGAAGAAGUGUAUUUUUUUUUUUUAUUCUAAAAGGACAGCCCAUUUAUUAACCACGUAGUAGAGUCAGAUUCUGUGUAAUUUGAUUUUUCACACUUAAUAUAAUAAGAUAUUAUUUACAGAAUGCAGAAUUGGGCUCUAGACAUAUUCACUAGAAGUUUUAGGGUGGUUUAUUAAGGAGAAAUCCAUCUGUUGAGCAAAUACAAUAUAAGCUAUGUGAUGCUGUCCCCACCAUUAGCAGAGUGAGGAAACUAUCUCAGAUUUGGGGUGUUAUGAAAGGGCAGAAAAUUCUGAGUUAUUUAAUAUUUUUAUUGUAUUUUAAUUACUUACAAGGAGAGGCACAUGUGUUACUUUCUUCCUUGGGAGUUGGGUGCCAAAAUAACUUGUCCAGCCUUUGUCAUUACACAAUUUGACUUGGAGAAGAGUACUAUGUGCUGUUCAGCUCAGUCAACAAAACAUCUGCCAUUUCUGUAGAUAACUUUAUUGGGCACCCUUAAUGUUUAAGGUCACAGUAUGUUGGUGCAAAAGCAGAAAUUAAUUCAUUGAGCGAGAUCACUGUUCAGAGAACGCAAUUCUAAGCAUGUGAGUAAAUUCUAAACUUGUAAGUUGACUGGUGUUCGUCCUAAACGUAUACUUUUAAAGUUACCUGCUUCUGAUUGCCUCCUAUUUUAUUGCUCUCAGGUCAGCCACUAUUUUCUGAAAGUCUUUUAGAACUGUCUGAACUCUGUACAUGACCACAGUUCUUGGCUAUGCAUAGCUCCAUAAGGUUCUGCUGAUCUGCAAACUCUAAUACAGAUGAUUUGUUUAGCCUGGUUCACCCAAACCUGUGACAUAGUGAGGGUGGGGGCACAGGAGCAGUUGCCGCAAAAUUGUUAGGCACACAAAAUUUCAACACCCCCUGCUGCCUCAAUACAGCUGAGCACUUCCGGCACUGGGCUCCGUUGAAAAUGGCUUCUCCAUGCAAACCAGGAAUUGACCUCUCCAUACAAUAGAAUAACUCUUCUUAUCUUUGCGGCUGCAAUCUCUUGGGUGAUGUGAAUGCCAUUAGGCAGUUGAAUGUGCAUGCAUACUCAUACCCUCCAACAUUUCUCCGGUGAAAAUAGGGACAUCCCAUUCCAUAAUGAUAAUUUUACUAUUUAUAUUCCACGCAUCUUAUUGGGUUGUCCCAGCACUCUUGGCAGCUUCCAACAUAUAUAAAAACAUAAUAAAACAUGAAACAUUUAAAAAAUCUCUAUACAGGAUUGCCUUCAGAUGGCUCAGGGAUUGAAUAACUCUAUACCCUCCAACAUUUCUACAGUGAAAAUAGGGACAUCCUAAGGAAAAGUGGGACAUUCUGGAAUCAAAUCAGAAAUUGGGACGACUUCUCUAAAUCAGGGAUGUCCCUGGAAAUAGAGAUACUUGGAGGGUCAGCAUACACCAUCCGUUUCCCUCCCACCCACGCUUCCUCCACAUGGCCCUGGGUGCUGCCAACCCAUGCUACACCACUGCCUAAAACUAGUGGCCAACCAUGCAGAUUGUACUCAAGAGUUACAAAAUCAGUUCUAUACUGAUUUAAUGAACUGUCUGUUAUGAGCUGUGUUCCCUGAAAACACAGUGAUAAAAGCGAAAAACAAAUUGUACGUCCAAAGUGUUGCCGUAAUACUAAAAAAAAAUAUCAGGUCAGAAUGUAAUGAUAACAUUAAAAAUGCGUAACUAUGAUCAUCCUCUGAAGUACUUGGAAAUAAGUGUUGUUGUUGGCUGCAGGUUCAUCUCCACCAAUGGACUAUAGAAAUGUAUCGGAGAACUGCAAGGAGCUCACUGUGCCCUGCUCUAACUCCAGCUCUCUGCCAGCCAGUGUGUCUGGCACAGAUUCUUCAGCUGGUCAACGAACUGCAAUAGCCUUGGGGAGGCCAGCAGCUGCAAACGCCGCCCGAGAGCGCAGCCGAGUGCAGACUCUGCGCCAUGCUUUUCUGGAGCUGCAGAGAACCCUGCCCUCUGUGCCACCUGACACCAAGCUCUCCAAGUUGGACGUGCUGCUCCUGGCCACUACCUACAUUGCUCACCUUACCCGCAGCUUGCAGGAUGAAGAAGAGUUGCCCGGAGAGGGCUUGGGCACGCUGAGAGGGGAUGGCUAUCUGCAUCCAGUUAAGGUAAGACAUGCAAAAAAAGGUGGUUUUCUUUUACUAGGCCGAAUCAAGGAAGAGUAUGAAAGCUUUUGUUAUUUGUUAUUAAAUUGGUCAUUGCUUUAUCUUGCCCAGGGCAACCCAAAUCAGCUUACAACCAACCAGACAGACAGACAGACAAAAAGCACCACAUGCAUCCAUUAAAACCAAGAGAAAAUUGAAAUGCAUUAAAAACAUCCUGCCCACUUCUGAAAGGCCACAGAUGGUUAAAGGCCAACGGCCUGGUUAUAAAGGAAAGUUUUUGCUUGACACAAGAUGUAUAAUGAUGGUGCCAGGCAAGCCUCCUUGGGGGAGAGCCUUCCACAAAUGGGGAGCUACCACAGAAAAGGCCCAUUCUCAUGUUGCCACCCUCUGGAUGCUUUUUUAGGGGCACACAAAGAAGGGCCUCAGAUGACGAUUGCAGGGUCCAGGUCGAUUCAUAUGGGAAGAGGCAGUCUUUGAGGUAUUGCAGUCCUGCACCAUUUAAUACUUUUAAGUAAAAAUCAGCACUUUGAAUUGGGCUCAGAAACUAAUUGGCAGCCAGCGCAGUCAGGCCAGGAUUGGCGUUUUCUUGCCCCAGUGAGCAACCUGGCCGCUGAAUUCUGCACCAACUGAAGUUUCCAGACUGACUUCAGAGGCAGCCCUAUACAGAAGACACUGCAGUAAUCUAACCUAGAGGUUAUCAAAGCAUAGAUGAUAGAAGUUAGGAUAUCCCUGCCCAGAGAGUGAUGCAGCUGGGCCACCAGCCAAGCUGCUGCAAGGCACUCAGCACCACCAAGGCCACCUGAGCCUCAAGCAACAGAAAUGGAUACAGACGUCCUAAGCUGCGUGGCUGCUCCUUCAUAGGGUUUCCAUAUUUCAAGCAGACAGAAAUGUUGUUGAGCUUUUUUUACCACCACCCCCCAAAAACAAAAAUUGGGGGCAAAAUUGCAAAAAAGCCAUUUUUGAGCUAUUUGUAUGGAAAAAUGGCAAAAGCAGCACUGCCAACAUGGGCUGCCAUAUGCGCAAAUUUUCCAGGACAUUUGUCCGGUUUCCCCCCAGACAUUUGUCCAGUUUCCACCCGGACACUGCUGCCAACAGCAAUAUUCCGGAUAUGGGAAAAUCCAGACGUAUGGCAACUCCUGCAGAUGUAAAGGAGAAGUAGAACUCUUUGUCAGAUAGAACUGAAAGAAGUCAUAUUUUUAGUUCAAUGGAAUCAAGAAAAUGCCUCCCAUUUACUUUGCGUUAAAGCAGUGCUUGCUCCUCCUGGCUACUGGCUCUUUAAUUAGUAAUUUCCUGAACUGGUUCCCUCUUGGCUUAGUUCAGGAAACUGCUAAUUUAAAGGGUUGGUAAUCAGGAAAAACAGGCAAACUAUUACUGUAAGCAGCCCUUCACUUAUUUGUUUCCUGUACUCAUUCUAUUCACUAGUGGUAUUAAAUUGGCCCUUGCUCAUUAAAAAAUACAUAUUCUAACAUGCCACCCCAAUCUCCAUGAGCAGUGUGAAACUCCAGGAAAUGCAGGUGCACUUUAACUCAGGAUCUGUGUUUCCUUUUAGACUAAUGAGGCACAGCAGAGACUGUGGUAUCUUUAUGAUAUAUGGUUUAUUUACACAUAUGUACAACCUGAACCUAGGUGGAGGGUCUCACAGCAUUGGCACCCCAACAGGUCCUUCCUUCUUCCAUAGCCAGAGCCUUGCUCUCAAAUGGUCAGCAAGCCUCAUGCCCUGCCCUCUCUCUAGUUUACAUCCCUGAUAACUGUAACCCACAGGUCUACCCCCUUUUAUCCCCCGAGGGAUGAAAGAGGCAUUCAGUUUAUUCACUAUUGAACACAGUGGAUUACUACUCUCAAGGCACAGAUCUGUAAACUACAGAUACCUGCACUCAUGUGUGUGUGUCUUCAGUAUACAGUCGUACCUUGGAUCUCAAACGCCUUGGCUCCCGAACAAAUCGGCUUCCGAACAGUCGAAACCCGGAAGUGAGUGUUCUGGUUUACAAACGUUCUUUUGGAAGUCGAACGUCCAUUGGGGCUUCUGGGGCUUCUGAUGGAGCUUCCUGCAGCCCAUCAGAAGCCACACUUUGGUUUUUGAAUGUUUUGGAAGUCUAAUGGACUUCCAGAACAGAUUCUGUUCGACUUCCAAGGUACGGCUGUAGUUUCAUUCAUCUCUUUUGUUUCAGAAAGCAUGACACCUAAGCAAUACUAAUCUAUUGUGUACUUUUGUAUACAUUGUCUUCUAGAAAUGGCCAAUGCGAUCCAGGCUAUACAUUGGAGCUACAGGGCAGUUUUUGAGUCACUCAGCGCAAACAGAAAACACAAAUCAAGGAGAAACUUCAAAAAAUUCACAAAUGUAAUGCUAUGUUUUUAUAUUGAAUGCUGUGUAUUUAUUAUGCUGGAUAUAUUUAAAUUAAAACACUUCUUCCAGCAACUAUGACCCUCCUCCCAAUUGUAUCUGACACCAUUUGAAGUAGGUGGACAAGCUGAAUUUUAAGGUAGUCACACAUUCCUUUAGGUUGCUUUCUUUAUGUCCAGAAGCAGUCUAUUUGUGUGAGCAGUGCAUUAUGGUCCUCCUGCCGCAAACAACUUCCACAAUUUCUGAAAUAGCAAAAUGUACAUGCGUUGUACACAUGAUACCAACUGAGAUUCAUGAACUCCUGGCGAAUGUAACAUUAUUUGAGUCAACAAGCAAUCCAUCCCAUUUGUGAAGGAAAUGGCUGAAUGUAACGUGUGAGCUGACCCUUAUAAAUACAGUAAUAGACAACUUGCAAGCAUUAAAGCAACAAGGUUCGUGAUUAACAUAAGAAUUAUGGACUAUCUCAAUGAAGGGAUUCAUUCUGAUAUAUCCCUCAAGAAACACAGGUGUGCAUUCUUCUGGCUGUUCACAUGCAUCUAAGCUUUUAAGAACAGAGCUUUGCUGGAUCAGCGAUCCAUCUAUUCCAAUGUCCCGUUUCCAAAAAUGACUGCACAGAUUCUCUCACGAAGUGCACAAGCAUGACAUCAAAGCAACAGCCCUCCGCCAUUGUUUGCGACCACAUCUGGUAUUCAUAGGGUUCUUGAGCACGGAGGAUCUAUUUUGCAGUUGUGGCUAAUGGCCACUGAUAGAUCAGCAUGAGCCUCUGUGUGGUGUGUGUGUGUGUGUGUGUGUGUGUGUGUGUGUGUGUGUUUAUAUAAAACAUCUAUAGAGUCUACAGUGUAGUUUGGCUGAUCUUGUAAAGAAGGAGCUUAAAAAGCAGAUCUGUGUUUUUAUGAACUUUGGAUAUGGAUUUCUGUGUUGCAUCUUAAGUGUGUAGAAUUAAGAUGCUUCUGCAAUAAUUUCAAUAAGCUGCAAAUAUUAAUUAACCAUAAAAUGCAAACUUUUUACACUAUGAAGUUUCUACACUGCAUAUUGAAAAUUUAGUAUUUUUUUGUUUCUUUACUAUUUGACCUCACUGUUUACAAUUAUUUUCACUGUAUAAUACCUGUCAUAUUAGGAUAAUACCAAAUGUGGUUGAUGAAGUGGGCUCUUUUCCACAAAAACGUAUGCUAUAAUAUAUCUGUUUAAAGUGCCACAAGACUCUUUGUUGCUUUUCCGCAGAGGUCCAAAUGACCUUUGGAAGCAUCUACUAUUCAAGAGCCUUUUCUCAGACGAAUUUAUUUGCCUCUUUUCACUGAUAAAAUGAAUGUGUGUUAAUAGUCAAGGGAGAACAUUGCAGUAAACAAAAACAAAACCACAAUGUAAGCAGCUUUGUGUAUGGAAUCUAGCAAUAUUAUGGGUGUUGUAAUGUAAUUUAUUAUUUGUGUUUAUCUCUGCUUUACGGUCUGAACUGCAUUAAUGUUUGAGGGAAAAGCUUACCGUACUUCUAUACUGCAACAUGUGUACAUGUUUUAUAGCUUGAUAUGUUCAUUCCAGAAAACAGAGCUUGCAUGCUCAGCUAGUUCAGCUAAAAUAUUUGCAGCAUGUAAGCAGCAUUGGUUAGAAGAUAAGUGCAGUAGAGGUUCACCUAGUUAUCUUCUCUUAUUGUAUAUGUUAUACAUGAUUUUACAGAAUUUUAAUAUUUAUAUUAAAUACUUUGAAAAAUGCUAUGAUUUGUCAGAAUCAAAGAAAUGAAACUGUUCCACAAGAAGCCAAAAAUAAAAUGCAUUUAAAAGGAAUAUUUGGGAAAAUUCUUUGCGGUACAGGAGUUAAGUAUGUUAUCAUGUCUUAUAAUAUUAGGAUUUUCUUUAAAAUAAUAAUAAUGACAACAACUGAUUAGCCUUUGACUCAGCCAUCGCUAUGGCUUAUUCCGGAACCAACUACCAUUCCCAUACUUUAACUGUGAAAAAUGUGACUUGCAGACACACAGUCUCUGUAGAGGAAUAAUUCCUCCCCAUAUUUAACCAUACCUUUUCUAAGCACUAGUACUUUAUAAAACUGAACACUUCCUUUGUUAUUGACAUCAUUCAGUUAUUUCAAGCAAGACCAUUCAGCAAGACCUGUGCCUUUUUACUCAGAAUACCUGAUUUCAGUGGGACUUAUUCUAGUUGGUAUGUGCGCAUAGGACUAAGGCCUAAAAUGCUUGAACCCUAGUGUGACUCCUCACUUCCAGCAUAGCUUUCCCUCCACCCCCAUACUAAAAUCAGAAAAGGAGCCUGCCCCUGCCAUUUAAUCCCAGCCCCAAAGCCUCACGAGAGCUGUUUCUGUGGGCCUUCUUGGCAUAAUGGCACCAACGGGUAAUUCUGGCCCGUUCCUCAGUUCUCACAGAAACAUCUUCCAUCAAAAUGCAUGUGCGUCUCAUGAUCUGGAAUACACACCUCAUGAUUUUUUGGCAUGUGGGCAUAUAAAAACGUAUACAUUUAUAGCUAACCAAUCCAUAAU